AUGGCCCGAUUCAGCCUCUCCUUCCUCGCCGUCUUCCUCGUCCUCGCGGCAUUCGCCAUCUCAAUGCCCACCAAGCGCGAUCAGAGCCAAGUUCUGGGACUUGACACUGCUCUGUCGGAGUUGCAGGAUGCGACCAAGUUCAUGAAGGGCUUGGGCAAUAAGGACUCCAAUGACCAGAACAACCAAGCUCCAAAGCAGGACUCUACCGCGGCGGAAAAGAAGGUUGAUGAGAAGCUGUCUGCUGCUGAUACCCCUGCUGCUACCACUACUGCCACCCCCACAGAGAAGGGCCUGUACUCUGGCAACUUCCAGACACCUACUGCCACCCAUACUUCUCAUCCUACCUCCCAGCCGAACGCGUUGGGCAAAAUCCCAAUUCUUGGAGGCCUCCUGGGUGGCACUGGUGGUACUCUAUAA